AUGGCCCCCCGCAGAGUCGAUGAUACUCGCCCAAGUUCGGCUCCCCCGCUAAACAGAGUCUCCAAAUCUGUCUCUGCCAAACCCAAGCGCCGCCCCGGUCGCCCAUUCAAAUUCCCUCGCCGUGACUCUUCGCAGUCUCAAUCCAGUCGAUCGCCUCUAUCUGUUCUAUCUGCCUCAUCCGCUGGAGCACCACCAAUCCGCCGACGCGCUCUGUCCAGGCUCGAAGCUUUGCCCGUUGAAGUGAUUGAGAAGAUAUUUCUCUACUCGCUGAAUCCUAACCUGCCUCGGGCGUCACCGGUGCUAGCGGCCGCUCUUUCGCGAGAGCAUGUCUACAAUCUGCUCAUUAUUCUAGCAUUAUGGAAUGACCCCAUGACCACCGACCCGCUCAGCCCGGCAAUGGUUGCUAUGCUUACACCGCUGGAGGAAUACGUGCCCUUGAAUUGGGAUGCCCGGGGCAAAUUGCAAGACUCUAUCUUCCGCUGCCGAUGGUGCACAAUGCAACGUGUCCGUGACCAAGUCCCCCAAAUCGUCAACCUGACGCUGCAUCGCUUUUGGAUCAACACUGGCUUAGAGAUGGACCCGGAGCAGCGGGCCGCCCUUGAUCGGUUUAUGAAACGAGAAGAUAUGGCCACCCUUUCCUUCACAGCAAAAAGGGGGACAAUUGAUCGGUUAGCGGAUGGAAUCAAACCCGAGUACCCCGGGCAAAAUUAUGAUCAACCUUGCCCUGCCCCGCCCCCCGGCCCGCACGAGUAUAAGCUCGUUAUCGAGCCCAACGUCCUUAUUUACAUAAAAUCGACGAAAGGGUUUGGUCUAACACUUAGACCGGCAAUUGAGCUUCAGGAAUUCCCCAGCAACCUCCUUCGUGGCUCCAAUACCGGUUUCUCGGCUGAGGAUGUUGCCUUCCUUGAGCUUUUGCGUCUCUGUUCAAAUCACAGACAGUGGGAUGAGCGCGACUUUCCGCGGCAUUUGACGUCGACCAAGGUGGAUCGUAUGGCAUUGCAUCAGGGAGUGAGGAACGCGAUUCGGUCUCAAAACCUAGACGCCCUUACCUCAUUACUCAAGAUCGAUCAGUUUGUCUACGACUACCAGGUACGCGAGGAGAGCGAGGAAAAUAUUCUCCCUUACACAAUUCCAUCUGAUCACUUCGUGACAGUGACUCGUGUAGGUCGCAGCAACCCGCGUCUUAACUUGGCGUUCUUCGAAACCCUCGUUCGUGCCAGUGCGGAAUCUAUUCCUACCAAUUCCCUCGAAGUUACGCAGUGGACGGUCGAUAAUAUCCACCUUGCCGAACAGAAUCCUACGCAGUACCGUGAAACCAAUGGCAAUUUCGCCCGGUGGCUAUCGAACUUCAUUCUACGAUUGCCCUUGUUUAUUGAGAGAAAGGCUGAAUUUUCCCAAAGUCUCUUCCGGCAUGGGGAACUUGACCUUUCAAAAUACGAGGGCCGCCGGUAUUUUGAAGAGGUGCUCCAGCCUCGGAAUGAGCAAAUGCUGUACUGGAUGGCCGAAAGCUCGUUUCAUCCGGAAGAAUUCUGGCUGGAACCGAACAAAGUGUCCAAGCAAGAUGUAUAA